AUGGAACAACCACAACAAGUUCCCGACCUGCGAAUGGACUAUUUGGGGAACUUCGUGCAAAAAACCCUGAAACUGAAACCAGAAAAAUGGACGCGAAUGAUGAACACCGAAGAGCACAAGGCCUUGGUGAUGAAAUUUUUGGAAAGACCGUUUCCAAUAUUGUUGGUCAUCAUAUUAACACCGACCGCUCAAUUGGUCGCCUCCAAUGGUUUUCCAUUGGCACAGUUGAAGAGCAAAGGGGUGUACUUUAUUAAAAAAGCUCUUCAACCAGUUGCAAAAGACAAGCCAGCUGAAAGCAUCAUAAACGGAGAUCUUUCUUCUAAGUUGAUCGACCAGUUAGCUUCUUUGGUGGACGAGAUUCUGGUUCCACUUCUUUCCAAUUCCCAAAACCACGAUCGUUGGCCCAACGUUAUAGCCAAAGACGUCCACAAACACGUGCACAGCUUAAAAAGUACCGUCUAUCAAGUUAAAGGAGAAGUUAAUGGACAAACGGUACUUCCAAUGCCUGUGGGCAUAGAUAAAGUACAAGAAGUCGAAAGAACUCUAAUAGAAAGUAAUGGGGAGAUCUGUGAUUUGUACUUGAAAAGUGCCAUAGAAGCGAUCAUCAUCAAAUGGUCUACUCAAAUUAAUGAUGUGCUCGUCAACGACUGUUCGGAGAAGAACGAGAACCUCGUCAAUCCAGUACCUUCAGAUGAAAUCCAGUUUUGGAAUUUACGUCUGAAGAACCUCCAAUACAUUUAUGAGCAGUUGAAGGAGCCAAAAGUUCGAAGCAUGGCUGUGAUUCUAGAAAAAACUAAUAGUGCAUAUUAUAGUUGUUUUAGAAAUUUGUUCAAGAAUAUUGUUAUAGCUUUGGCGGAAGCACGUGAUAUUUGUUUAUACUUAAAGCCUUUAAAACGACACGUAACACUCUUAGAAGAAACAGACUUCAGCGAUUGCAUCCCUUUGCUCAAGCCUUUAAUGCACGUAGUUUGUCUAAUUUGGUCUAAUUCCAAGUGUUACGAUCAAGUUAAGCUAAUUGUUUUGUUAAAGCAAAUCUGUAAUUUGUUGAUAUUGGAGGCUAAAAAAUUUUUAGACCCAACCACGUUGUUUCAUAGUGAUAUAGAUGAGGCCAUGUUGAGGGUUGGUCUUUGCAUUAAUACCCUGAACAACUUCACCAGUGUUUUCAACUUGUACAAGUCCAAGUUGGGUUAUUUUUUCAAGAACAGGGAGCCGGAAUUGUGGAACUUCCACCCCAACAUGGUGUUUAAACGUUUCAAUGCUUUCGUGGAACGUCUGCAAACGAUACAGUGGUUCUUCAACACAGUACUGGAGUUUAGUAAGCUUGAGAAAGUGGAAAUAGGUGGGAUCAAGGGGAGGAUGUUGAGUGCAAGGGUGACGGCGGUCUAUGCGGAGUUUCAGCAGUGUUUUUCGGUGUUUUCGGGCAAGUCGUACGAUGUUUUAGAUCCGGAUGAUCCUUCAUUUCUGGCGGAUUUCGAUAAUUACAAGCAGAGGAUUUACGAGAUGGACCUGAAACUUGCGGCGAUUUUGUGUCAGGCUUUCGAGGACUGUUGUAACUUGGAAAGUAUUUUUAAAUUAAUAGCAAUAGUUGGGACGGUGUUGGAGAGGCCGCUUAUUAAAAAUGAAUUUACGGCGAAGUAUUCGAAAAUUUUAGACAUGCUGAAUGAGGAACUUAAUACGAGCCAGUCUCUGUUUCAAGACCAAAUGUUGCAUAAAGAUAAAUACGGACAAUUUAUUUUGGACAAAUAUAUGUCGCCAGUAGCUGGAACUUUACGAUGGACUCAUAAUCUGUGUGCUCGCAUAACAGCCCCCAUUCAAAGCUUUAAAACUCUACAACAUCCGAUAACCCAAACACCGGAAGCGAAUAAUAUUUUCAAACAAUACGAUGAUUUCAUGGAUAAAGUCGAAGAAUUUAACGAGAGCAUCUUCAGACAAUGGGCCGAAGCCAUACCCCCUCAGAUUGAGGCCAAUUUAAGGCAGUGCCUGUUAAAGCGUAACCUCAAAACGAAAGAACUAUACGUGAAUUUUAAUCCGCAGCUUUCAGCCAUUUUACGGGAAGUGCAUUAUUUGCGGCUCAUGGAGAAGGCCGACAUUCCUGAGGAGGCCCUUAGACUGGCUGAAAAAAAUGCCACGUUCAGAAAGUAUAUUACUAAAAUGAAUUCCACGGUGGCGUGGUACAAUAAAAUUCGGCGUACCACUAAAGAUGUCGAGUUUGACUUAAUUGAGAAUGACAUAUCGGAAAUUGAUAAGCUGAUUGCGAUGGGACAAAACAAUCUUUCGUGGAAUUCUGAUGAUUUGUGGGACUUUAUGGUUAAACUACACAGUUUAGUAUGUGUUUUACAAGACAAUUUACAAAAAUGUCAAGACAACUUAAUCGAAAUGAGAAAUCUUUUAAUACCAUUUGCUAGGCAACCAUUGCUGGAAAGAAAAGACGGCAAAAAAGACACGGUUCUGUGCAUAGAAGAAAGGGAGGAAAGGAUCAAUAAAAGGCAUGCAGACAUUUCAAACGCUACAGACCAAAUAUCAGUUUUGCUCAAUCAGAACAUGAAAAUGUUCGAAAUGGUGGAUAAACAGGACAGUACAAAAUGGAUUAAUUAUGUUAACUACAUUGAUAAAAUUAUUGUUAAUUAUUUAUACCAAUCAAUAGGAUGCAGCUUGGGAUACAUAAACGAACAUAUGGAUGAACAAAAUAAUCUGAGCCCUUUGUUUGAAUGCCAAUUAAAGCUUAUGGAACCGAAUAUUAUAUUCACGCCAUCUUUGGACCCUGCUGAUGAAAACGGCUUGAAAAUGCUGAUAACUAAUAUAAUCAAUGAUAUAAUACAGACAGCUUCAAUAGUAAAAAGGUUUUCGCCAACCGUUACUGAAACUUACGUGGAAGAAAUCAUGAUGAACGAAGACAUAACCGACAUCAGGGAUGAUAUCCUUUCCAACAUAGACAAAGUUAUAGAAGAUGCUUAUGCGUUUUGUGACUCAUUCCAAAACUACUCGUAUUUAUGGUUGGAUGACCGUGACCAGUACUUAAAACUGUUCCUGACGUUUGGUCGCCAACUGACGAACGACGAAUUCGAUUUGUAUAUAAUGAAGGAUAACACUGCGCCCAAACCAUCACCACCUAAAAUGGACGGCUUCAGGGAGCAAAUUGAUAAUUUUGAAAAUUUGUACAACGAAGUGGAAAAAAUGCAAACAGAAAAAAUAUUCCACGCCUGGUUCAAAGUUGACGUUAAACCCUUCAAACAGGCCUUGCUGAACACUAUCAGAAAAUGGGGUAACAUGUUUAAACAACAUUUGGUGGACACAGUAACAAACAGUUUAAGUGAUCUCGGUCAAUUCAUCCGACUGGCUGACGAAGGUCUUCAGCAAACUGUGUUGGAAGGAGACUAUCAAGCUUUGGUGAACGUUAUGGGGUACUUAUUGCAUGUUAAGGAACGACAGGCGAAUACAGAUGAGAUGUUCGGCCCCCUAAGGGAGACGAUCGAACUGCUGAAAUUUUACGACCAGGACAUACCUGAAGAAAUCAACGUGUACUUGCAGGAACUGCCUGAACAGUGGAACAACACGAAAAAAAUUGCCAUCACAGUCAAACAACAAUUGGCACCUUUACAGGCUGCCGAAGUUACUUCCAUUAGGAAGAAAAUUGUUGACUUUGACCUGAGAAUUAAUUACUACAGGGAAGUUUUCAAGAAAUAUAUAUUCUUUCAGUACGCAUGUCCUAAUCCCUACAAAUUGUUGGAUUCAGUGGAUGUCGAUUUAGGGAAACUGGAACAAGAAAUGAGAGAUAUUCAUGAGUCUGGAUCAUUGUUUGAGGUGAACGUUCCCGACUUUAAGGUCCUGAAACAGUGCCGCAAGGACUUAAGAAUGUUGAAACAACUCUGGGAUUACGUGCAUAUAGUUCACACGUGUGUUAAUGAUUGGAAAACAACGCCUUGGAGGAAAAUCGACGUGGAAAACAUGGAUAUAGAGUGUAAAAAGUUUGCGAAAGAAAUAAGAAUGUUAGACAAGGAAAUGCGGAGCUGGGAUACUUACACCGGUUUAGAGGCAACAGUUAAAAACACAUUAACAUCAUUAAAAGCUGUCGGUGAAUUGCAGAAUCCUGCAAUUAGGGAACGGCACUGGAAUCAACUAAUGAAGUCAACAAAGAAUCUAGCUGCACUGCCGCCAGAAUUUACAACGAAGAUCGUCAUGGACCACAACACAACUUUGGCGGACCUCCUCGAAUUAAAUCUGCACGAAUGCGAGGAGGAGGUCAAAAACAUUGUCGACAAGGCGGUAAAGGAGAUGUCCAUGGAGAAAAUACUGCGUGAGUUGAACACCACUUGGUCCGCCAUGGAGUUCGAGCAGGAAACGCACGCCAGAACCGGGUGCACUUUGCUACGUGCCAGCGAGGAGCUAAUCGAAACGUUGGAGGACAACCAAGUGCAGCUGCAGAAUCUAAUCACCUCGAAAUUCAUAGCCCACUUUUUGGAAGAAGUCUCGUCCUGGCAGAGCAAAUUAAGUCUGGCUGAUUCGGUUAUUACCAUUUGGUUUGAGGUGCAGAGGACUUGGAUGCACUUGGAGUCGAUUUUUAUGAGCUCCGAGGACAUUAGGAAGCAACUGCCCGAGGAUUCCGAACGGUUCGACACCAUAGACACGGAUUUCAAGCAACUCAUGCUGGAAAUGGCUAAGGUUCCCAACGUUGUUGAGUCCACGAACCGACCCGGCCUACUGGCGACCUUGGAGGUCCUACAAACCAAUUUAAUACUGUGCGAAAAGGCCCUGGCGGUUUAUUUGGAGACGAAGCGUCUGGCGUUUCCGAGGUUCUACUUCGUGUCUUCGGCCGAUUUGUUGGAUAUUUUGUCCAACGGAAAUCAACCGGAGUUGGUGGCCAAGCAUCUAACUAAACUGUUUGAUUCGAUUGCUAAGUUGAACUUUGGAAGGAACGAGGAUGGUACUUUGGAUAAGCAAAUUUUUGGGAUGAGAGCUAAAGAUGGGGAAUACGUGGAGUUCCAUGAGAAAACCAAUUGCAACGGAGCUGUUGAGGUUUGGCUGAACCAAAUUCAGGCAGCCAUGAGGUCAACGAUAAGGCACAACAUAAGUGAAGGGGUUGUUUCCUACGAGGAGAAGCCUCGCGAUCAGUGGUUGUUCGAUUUUCCUGCUCAAGUGUCGUUGUGUGGAACACAAAUUUGGUGGACAACAGAAGUGAAUAUAGCUUUCAGUAGAUUGGAAGAAGGCUACGAUAAUGCUAUAAGGGAUUAUUAUAAGAAACAAGUAUCCCAGCUGAGUACGUUAAUCUCGUUAUUGCUGGGAGAUUUAACACGAGAAAAUAGACAAAAGAUCAUGACAAUUUGUACAAUAGAUGUCCAUUCAAGGGAUGUAGUUAGUAAACUAAUACAAAUGAAAGUCGAAACAGCAUUGGCGUUUCAAUGGGUUUCUCAACUCAGGCACAGAUGGGAUGAAAAAGAUAAUCAUUGUUACGCAAAUAUUUGCGACGCUCAAUUCAGAUAUAGUUACGAAUAUUUGGGAAACACCCCGAGGCUCGUCAUUACCCCUUUAACAGACAGAUGCUAUAUUACUUUAACUCAGUCGUUGCAUUUAAUAAUGGGCGGUGGACCCGCAGGACCAGCAGGAACAGGAAAGACCGAAACAACAAAGGACUUAGGUCGGGCCCUUGGAAUUAUGGUUUAUGUAUUCAACUGCUCCGAACAAAUGGACUAUAAAUCUUGUGGCAAUAUUUAUAAAGGACUGGCGCAAACUGGAGCUUGGGGAUGUUUUGACGAAUUCAAUAGGAUAUCCGUCGAAGUUCUAUCAGUGGUGGCAGUUCAAGUCAAGUCCGUUUUGGACGCGAUUAAAAAUAAAAAGGAGACGUUCGAUUUCAUGGGCGAUCCAAUACAGCUGGUUCCUUCCGUCGGCAUUUUCAUCACCAUGAAUCCCGGCUACGCCGGUCGAACUGAGCUACCGGAAAAUUUGAAAGCACUCUUCAGGCCCUGCGCCAUGGUUGUUCCCGAUUUCGAAUUAAUAUGUGAAAUAAUGUUGGUGGCUGAAGGUUUUCAAGACGCUAAGAUCCUCGCCAGAAAAUUCAUAACCUUGUACACACUAUGCAAAGAGCUUUUAUCAAAACAAGACCACUACGAUUGGGGAUUACGUGCCAUAAAAUCAGUAUUAGUGGUUGCAGGAUCCUUAAAGCGCGGCGAUCCCGGUAGACCAGAGGAAGAGGUCCUCAUGAGGGCACUAAGAGAUUUUAAUAUCCCCAAAAUUGUAACAGAUGACACGCCGGUAUUCAUGGGACUUAUUGGGGACUUAUUUCCAGCUUUAGAAGUUCCCAGAAAGAGGGACGCCGAAUUUGAGCGUACAGUCAAGCAGGCGGCUAUUGAUUUAAAAUUGCAGCCGGAGGAUAAUUUUAUUUUGAAGGUGGUGCAAUUGGAGGAGUUGUUGGAGGUCCGCCAUUCAGUGUUCAUAGUCGGUAACGCGGGAACGGGAAAAACGCAAGUGUGGAAAACAUUGUUCCGCACGUACGUAAAUAUAAAACGUAAACCAAUCUACAACGAUCUAAAUCCAAAGGCAGUGACAAAUGAUGAACUCUUCGGUAUUAUUAAUCCGGCGACACGUGAAUGGAAGGAUGGAUUAUUGUCGGUUUUGAUGAGAGAUCAAGCAAAUUUAUCGGGAGAUAACCCAAAGUGGAUUGUUUUAGAUGGUGAUAUUGAUCCUAUGUGGAUUGAAUCUUUAAACACGGUAAUGGACGACAAUAAAGUACUCACGCUGGCAAGUAAUGAAAGAAUCGCUUUAACGCCAACAAUGCGAUUGCUAUUCGAAAUUUCCAACCUAAGGACUGCUACACCGGCCACAGUGUCCAGGGCCGGAAUUCUCUACAUUAAUCCGCAAGACCUCGGAUGGAAUCCAUUCGUCACUAGCUGGAUGGAAACCAGAUCGAUACAGUCGGAAAAAUCAAACUUGGUAAUGUUAUUUGACAAAUACAUUCCCAUUUGUCUGGAGAAUGUGAGGACCAGGUUUAAGAAAAUAACGCCUAUUGCCGAAACUUGUCACAUUGAAAUGCUUUGUCAUUUAUUGGAUUGUCUGUUGACUCCGUCGAAUACACCACCUGAUUGUCCCAAGGAAUGGUACGAGCUUUAUUUCGUGUUCUGCUGCGUGUGGGCGUUCGGCUCCGCCAUGUUCCAGGAGCAGGCGACUGAUUAUCGUGUCGAAUUUACGAAGUGGUGGGUUAAUGAGUUUAAAACGGUUAAAUUCCCGGCCGGUGGCACAGUUUUUGACUUUUUCAUCGAUAACGAGAGCAAACAGUUCGUGUCUUGGACCGAAAGUCUGGGACGAUUUGAAUUAGAUCCAGACAUUCCCCUGCAGGCUGUAUUAGUUCAUACGGCGGAAUCGAUACGUAUUCGUUAUUUCUUAGAUUUGUUGAUGGAGAAACGUCAUCCUGUGAUGUUAGUGGGCAACGCGGGAUGUGGAAAGACCGUGCUAGUCAGCGAAAAAUUGGUAUCAUUAUCGGAGAACUACGCAGUCACUAACGUACCUUUCAACUUUUACACAACGUCUGAAAUGCUGCAAAAGAUACUCGAAAAGCCGUUAGAGAAAAAGGCCGGUAAAAAUUAUGGACCGCCCGGAAAUAAGACGCUAAUUUAUUUUAUCGACGAUAUGAAUAUGCCCGAAGUGGAUGCUUACGGAACGGUCCAACCACACACUCUAAUCAGGCAACAUUUAGAUUAUAACCACUGGUACGAUCGUAAUCGACUGUCGUUAAAGGACAUCCACAAUUGCCAAUAUGUUUCCUGCAUGAACCCGACAGCGGGCAGUUUUACCAUCAAUCCGAGAUUGCAAAGACAUUUUUAUGUAUUCGCUAUUAGUUUCCCAGGAACAGAUGCCCUGACUACUAUUUAUCACGCCAUUUUAAGCCAACAUCUCUCCAAUCCGGAAUAUAAAUUCCCAACUGUUGUUAUAAAGCUCAGCGAAAAUAUCGUGCAAGCUUCCGUCGCCAUACACCACAAAGUCACGCAGAUUUUUCUACCUACGGCAAUUAAAUUCCAUUACAUUUUCAAUUUGAGGGACAUUUCCAACGUUUUUCAGGGUUUACUAUUUAGCUCUAAUGACUGUUUAAAUCAACCUAUAGAUUUAGUGCGACUUUGGCUCCACGAAUGUCAAAGGGUUUAUGGGGACAAAUUAACGGAAGAAAAAGACAUUGACGCAUUCGCCAAGCUCCAACUGGAUAUAUUUAAAAAGAAUUUUGAGGAAAUCGACGAAUCCUCUGUGUUUGAGAAGCCAAAUAUUUACUGCCACUUUGCCGGCGGCAUUGGUGAGCCGAAAUAUAUGCCGAUAACAAAAUGGAACAAGCUAAAUAAACUCUUAACUGAAGCCAUGUCAAGCUACAACGAUUUAGUUGCUGCCAUGAAUUUGGUGCUUUUUGAAGAUGCCAUGAUGCACGUUUGCAGGAUAAAUCGAAUAUUAGAAUCGCCCCGAGGAAGUUCAUUGUUAGUGGGAGUGGGUGGAAGUGGCAAACAAUCCUUGGCCAGAUUGGCUGCUUUUAUAUCCUCGUUGGAAGUAGCCCAAAUUCAAUUAAAGAAAGGAUACGGUGUGCUGGAUCUCAAAAAUGAACUUUCAUCGUUGUAUCUGAAAACGGGCUUGAAAAAUGUUGGGAUAAUGUUCCUAAUGACGGAUGCUCAGGUCCCUAAUGAACAAUUUCUCGUCCUUAUAAACGAUAUGUUGGCAUCCGGCGAAGUUCCUGAUAUGUUUCCAGAUGAUGAAAUAGAAAACAUUAUCGCAGGUGUGCGUAAUGAAGUUAAAGGAGCCGGAAUGUUAGAUACGCGUGAGAACUGUUGGAAAUUUUUCAUCGAUCGGGUCAGACGUCAGUUAAAACUUGUAUUAUGUUUCUCACCGGUCGGUUCAACUCUACGUAUUAGAUCCCGGAAAUUCCCGGCGAUUAUUAAUUGCACACAAAUCAACUGGUUUCAUGAAUGGCCCCAAGAGGCUUUAGUCUCCGUUUCUCUCAGAUUUCUACAGGAAUUAGAAGUCUUACCGGAGCCACUCCGUGAUUCAGCCUCGAGAUUUAUGGCUUACGCCCACACUUCAGUCAACACAAUGUCCAAACUGUAUCUGCAGAACGAACGGCGAUAUAACUACACCACCCCCAAAUCGUACCUGGAACAAAUCAACCUAUACUCGAAACUACUUCGCCAAAAGUCCGACGAGCUUAAAAGCAAAGUGGAACGGCUCGUGAACGGAUUAGAUAAACUCAAGAGCACGGCCAAACAAGUGGACGAAUUAAAGAAGAAGCUGGCCUUGCAGGAAAUCGAACUGAAGGAAAAGAACGACGCCGCGGACGCCCUCAUCGAAAUCGUAGGCAUAGAAACAGAAAAAGUAUCCAUCGAAAAGCGCCUGGCCGACGACGAAGAGGAGAAAGUCGCCAUGAUCGCCGAGGAGGUGCUGAAGAAACAGAAGGACUGCGAGGAAGACCUGUUGAAGGCCGAACCGGCUCUCAUAGCGGCUCAGGAGGCUCUGAACACCCUGAACAAAGCCAAUCUGACGGAACUGAAGUCGUUCGGGUCGCCACCGGGGGCGGUCACUAACGUCACGGCCGCCGUAAUGGUUCUUCUGGCACCGGCGGCCAAGAUUCCCAAAGAUCGCAGCUGGAAGGCGGCCAAAAUUGUGAUGGCCAAGGUGGACGCGUUCCUCGACUCGCUCAUAAACUACGACAAGGAGAACAUCCAUCCCGAAAUCAUCAAAGCUAUAGAACCCUACUUGAAGGACUCGGAGUUCGAGCCGGAGUUCGUGCGGUCCAAGUCGGCGGCCGCUGCUGGUUUGUGUGCCUGGGUUAUUAACAUAAUUAAGUUUUACGAAGUGUACUGCGACGUUGAACCGAAGAGGAAGGCGUUGGCGGCAGCCAACGCAGAACUGGCGGCAGCUCAAGAAAAAUUGAGUAUCAUUAAGAAGAAAGUUGCUUCUUUAGAGGAACAAUUGGCGAAAUUGACGGCCGACUUUGAGAAAGCGACGAGUGAAAAAUUAUUGUGCCAGCAGGAAGCUGAUGCGACGAACGCCACGAUUCAACUGGCGAAUAGGCUCGUCGGCGGUUUGGCAAGCGAGAACGUCAGAUGGGCGGAAGCAGUUAAUAACUUCGUGGAAAAUGGCAAAAUGAUGCCGGGUGAUGUUUUAUUGAUAACAGCUUUUAUUUCUUAUGUUGGAUGUUUUACGAAACAAUAUCGACUGGAUUUGCUGCACAAAAUGUGGCUGCCUUUCUUGAAAAAUCUCGACCCACCAGUUCCAAUCACGGAGAACCUUGAUCCGUUGAGUUUGCUGACUGAUGACACAAUUAUAGCCAAAUGGCAUAACGAAGGUUUGCCAAGCGACAGAAUGUCGACUGAAAAUGCAACGAUCCUAUCAAACUCUGACAGAUGGCCUUUGAUGAUAGACCCUCAACUUCAGGGCAUAAAAUGGAUCAAACAAAGAUACGGCGAGAGUUUGAAAGUAAUACGUCUGGGCCAGAAGGGCUUUCUCGAUGUGAUAGAAAACUCCAUUACAAAUGGUGCAACCGUACUUGUUGAGAACAUUGAGGAAAGUGUUGACCCUGUAUUAGAUACUCUACUUGGCAGAAACUUAAUAAAAAAAGGAAAGGCAAUAAAAAUAGGCGACAAAGAGAUUGAGUAUAAUCCCAGUUUUCGUUUAAUUCUUCACACCAAACUGGCGAAUCCCCACUAUAAACCGGAAAUGCAGGCUCAAGCAACGUUAAUUAAUUUCACUGUGACAAGAGAUGGUUUAGAAGACCAACUACUUGCUGAAGUCGUUAAAGCUGAAAGGCCCGAUUUGGAGGAGUUGAAGGCGGAAUUAACAAAACAGCAGAACGACUUCAAGAUAAUGCUCAAGUCGCUGGAAGAUGACUUAUUAUCUCGAUUAUCGUCAGCUGGUGGAAAUUUAUUGGGUGAUACAACAUUGGUGGAAAACUUGGAAACCACUAAACGUACGGCCGCAGAGAUAGAAGAGAAGGUAGCAGAAGCGAAAGUAACUUCUAUUCAAAUCGAUGAGGCGAGGGAACAUUACCGACCCGCGGCAGCCAGAGCCAGUUUACUAUAUUUUAUUUUGAACGAAUUGAAUACUAUUAAUCCAAUUUAUCAGUUUUCUUUAAAGGCAUUCAGCGUUGUCUUCCAAAAAGCCAUCGCAAAAGCUGAGCCGUCGGAUGUAGUUGCAACUCGUGUAUCGAACUUAAUAGAUUGCAUUUCAUUUUCCGUUUUCCAAUACACCACAAGAGGACUGUUCGAAUGCGACAAAUUAAUAUUCGCGUCUCAGAUGACAUUUCAAAUCUUAUUGAUGAGCGAGGAAAUAAUGGCAGCAGAUUUAGAUUUUCUAUUAAGAUUCCCCAUAAAGCCACAUGUGACUAGUCCAGUUGAAUUCUUAUCUAACACAAGUUGGGGUGGUAUUUGCAGUCUGGCUACAAAAGAUGAAUUCCGUAACUUAGACAGAGACAUUGAAAAUUCUCCUAAACGUUGGAAGAAACUUGUUGAAUGCGAAUGCCCUGAAAGGGAGAAAUUUCCACAGGAAUGGAAAAGUAAAACUGCUUUACAAAGACUCUGUAUGAUGCGAGCACUUAGGCCAGAUAGAAUGAUUUACGCAAUGAUGGCGUUUAUUGAGGAGAAGCUUGGCAACAAAUACGUCGAAAACAAAACGGUGGAGUUCGCCAAGUCGUACGAAGAAACGAGCCCGUCCACGCCGAUUUUCUUCAUUCUAUCGCCCGGCGUCAACCCCCUAAAGGACGUGGAAGACCUGGGGGAGAAACUCGGGUUCACGUCCGAACAACAGAACUUCCACAACGUGUCCUUAGGGCAAGGACAAGAGGUGGUUGCUGAGAGAGCCAUGGAAGUGGCAGCCACUAACGGCCACUGGGUAGUCCUACAAAACAUACAUCUGGUGAAAAAGUGGCUGCCCUCGUUGGAAAAAAAUUUGGAAAAGUUUGCGGAAGGUUCGCACGAGAAUUACAGGGUGUUUAUGAGCGCCGAGCCCGCGGCUACGGCGGCCGCUCACAUCAUCCCCCAGGGAAUACUGGAGUCGUCGAUCAAGAUAACGAACGAGCCUCCGACGGGGAUGCAGGCUAAUUUACACAAGGCGCUGUCAAAUUUCAAUCAGGAGACUUUGGAACAGUGUGGAAAGGAGGCUGAAUUCAAAGUGAUUUUAUUCUCGCUCUGUUAUUUUCAUGCUGUUGUGGCCGAACGAAGGAAGUUUGGACCGCAGGGCUGGAACAAAGUAUAUCCUUUUAACGUCGGGGACUUAACUAUAAGUGUUUUUGUACUUUACAAUUACUUGGAGGCUAAUUCGAAAGUGCCUUGGGAGGAUCUUAGGUAUUUGUUUGGGGAAAUUAUGUAUGGGGGGCACAUUACAGACGACUGGGACAGACGAUUAUGUAUUACUUACUUAGAGGAGUUACUACAGCCAGACUUGGUUGACGGUGAAUUAUUUUUGGCACCCGGUUUUGCGGCACCGCCAAAUAUCGAUUACAUCGGAUAUCACGCCUACAUUGACGACAUGAUGCCACCGGAAUCACCAUACCUCUAUGGUCUCCAUCCGAACGCCGAAAUCGGCUUCCUCACCACCACGGCCGAUAAUCUAUUCAAGACCGUGUUCGAAAUGCAACCCAGAGACGCCGGAUCAUCUGGAGGGAGCACCAUAACCAGAGAGGACAAAGUUAAACAAAUGGUCGACGAGAUGCUGGAGAAGCUGCCCGAAGACUUCAACAUGUUGGAAAUAAUGGGGAAAGUGGAAGAAAGGACACCGUAUGUGAUUGUGGCGUUUCAAGAAUGCGAACGCAUGAACCUGCUGACUGGCGAGAUUAAGCGAUCCCUUAAAGAGCUUGAAUUAGGUCUGAAGGGAGAAUUGACUAUUACUUCAGACAUGGAAGAGCUGGAGAAUGCUUUGUUCCUUGACCAAGUGCCGAUAUUUUGGCAGCAAAGGGCUUAUCCCUCUUUGCUCGGUCUUACGUCUUGGUUUGUUGAUUUGCUGUUGAGAAUAAGGGAGUUGGAGACUUGGUCUACGGACUUUGUGUUGCCAGCUUCGGUUUGGCUGGGCGGAUUUUUUAAUCCACAAUCAUUACUCACGGCGAUAAUGCAAAGCACGGCUAGACGAAAUGAACUGCCGCUGGAUAAAAUGUGUUUGCAGUGCGAUGUUACCAAGAAACAGAAAGAGGAAUUCACGAGCGCCCCCAGAGAUGGUGCUUACAUUCACGGGUUAUCCAUGGAAGGGGCGCGAUGGGACGUCCAAGCAGGAAUUAUAAUGGAUUCUAGAUUAAAAGAAUUGUAUCCAGGAAUGCCCGUCAUCAAUGUCAGAGCUAUAACUCAGGAUAAACAAGACUUGAGGAACAUGUACGAAUGUCCCGUCUACAAAACAAGAACGAGAGGACCCACGUACGUCUGGACUUUCAAUUUGAAGACAAAAGACAAACCAGCUAAGUGGACUCUGGCUGGAGUGGCAUUAUUAUUACAGAUAUAAUGUUAAGAAAACAAUAUAAGGUUUAAGUUA